AUGAAUAAAAAGCCCAGUAAAUAUUUUCCCUCUCUUAAUAGGACGGACUAUAAAAACUGUAACUUCCUCUGCAACGGCUUUUCUCUGAAACCAAACGAAAAAAAAAGCUCGAAGAACGCAUCAAUGGCGUCGAAGCUUCUAACGACCUUCUUCCUCAUAUUUUUCGUUCUCGAUAUCGAUCUCGUCGCAACUUCUAUGACAUCUGUUUCAUCCGCCGUGGAAGUUCUUUCCGAUUCCGGCUACUUAUCCAUGGGACUCACACUAAAGCUCGCGAAUCAAGAUCUAAACCUCGAAGAUUGGCAAGAACUCACCCUCUUCGCACCUUCUGAUCAAUCUUUCUCUAAGUUUGGUCAACCUUCGCUUCUCGAUAUGAAGUACCAGCUCUCUCCGACGAGACUCCCAGGAGAAACCUUAAGAAACCUCCCAAAUGGCGCCAAAAUCCCUACUCUCAGAUCUAAUUACUCUCUAACCGUCACGAAUUCUUCACGAUUCGGAGGUAAAACUUCGAUCAACAACGUCGUAGUCCAAGAUUCUCCUGUUUUUGACGACGGAUACGUCGUGAUUUACGGAUCCGACGAGUUUUUCACAUCACCGACGAAAAUCUCCGACGAUUCAUCAUCUUCUUCUUCAAUCCCAAGCACUACUUCAUCUACUGGUUCAAUCCCUAUCCCUAGCUCAGCGACUCAAACACCUCCAAGUCCUAAUAUCGCUUCGGAUUCCACUCGAAAUCUUCCCAAUAGAUCUAAACCAGUGAAUCGCUUCAACAUCUUUGAAUCGGCUUCAAGAUUGUUAAUGUCGAGAGGUUUCGUGAUUAUAGCUACGUUUCUCGCUCUGCAAUUAGAAGAUAAUACUUCAGGAAACGACACGAAGAUCACAGUCUUUGCUCCGAUCGACGAAGCAAUUCCAAAUCCAACUACUAAAUUCUCCGAUUACGUUACUAUUUUCAGAGGACAUGUUGUCAGUCAACUUCUCUUAUGGAAAGAUCUUCAGAAAUUUGCUAAGGAAGGAUCGAUUCUGCAGACUGUUCUUAAAGGGUAUGAGAUUGAGAUUUCUUUGUCCGGUGAUAUACUUCUUCUCAAUGGAGUUCCACUCAUAUAUCCAGAUUUGUAUGUCAACGAUUGGAUUGCUGUUCAUGGCUUUAAUCAGAUGAUUGUAACAAAAGAGAAACAGGUGGAUGUGGGAGAUUCUAUCACAGUGCUAAACAAUGGAGAACAAGAAGAAGAAGGUGUUCAUGGAGAGUACUCUUCUGAGUUAGGUGACUAUGGUCUUCACUGAUUUCUACAAGACAAUUUGAUUCAAC